GACACGCGGAUCGGUCAGCAAAAAGGGGAAGUGUGUUCGCGUAGCGAUCAUUUUCGCUUGUAUUUCCGUGAGCUCUGACCUCCCGUCGAACUCUAUCUCUCCUCCAGCACCUCGGUGAAGAUGUCCAGUGAUUCGUACGACCCCUCCGCCCCGCCGUACGCCGGUUUCUUCGGCGUGAUGGGGGCGUCCGCCGCCAUCAUCUUCAGCUCUCUGGGAGCCGCCUAUGGAACGGCAAAGAGUGGAGUUGGUAUUGCCGCCAUGAGUGUCAUGAGACCUGACCUUAUCAUGAAGUCGGUCAUCCCUGUCGUCAUGGCGGGUAUCAUCGCCAUCUACGGCCUCGUCGUAUCUGUCCUUAUUGCCAACAAACGUGAGUCACAAUUUAUUCAAAAAAGAUGUGUCAUCUUCACACAAGACCUCACAAUUGGUGGGUUUAUUGAUCGGUCUGUUCCCUGUCUUUGUCUCCCUACAGUCAGUCCUGAUGUUACCCUCUUCACGUCAUUUCUUCAGCUAGGAGCUGGACUGUCUGUAGGAUUCAGCGGCCUUGCUGCAGGAUUUGCCAUCGGGAUAGUCGGCGACGCAGGUGUUCGAGGAACAGCGCAGCAACCGAGGCUCUUUGUGGGAAUGAUCCUCAUCCUCAUCUUUGCCGAAGUUUUGGGUCUCUACGGACUGAUCGUGGCUCUGGUGUUAUCCACUAAGAGCUAGACAUUGUGUGUGCGUGUGCCCCAUCAAGCUUACCACCAUCCGCACACACUCUGCGGUGUGUUGGUGUGUGGUUUAGCUGUAUGCUGUUGUUAGUAAAUCUAUGCUAUGAGAUACACACAGACAUUUUCAUAGUUGGACAAGUUUAGGGUGUCGUGUAUUAUAUAUACUAUUGUUAUCUGUAUGUGUUGAAUGCCACAAGUUGUUUGAUACUAGAAUGAUGUUGUGUGAUGAUUGUGUCAAAUGUUCGAAUAGCGGUCGAUGACGUUUUGAGCUAGUUGGACCCCGAGGCUCUGCAUAUAGUAGUGCAGUGUCAGCUGCAGCUUUUCAGACUCUGAGAGAUCACCAUGAUUACCCCGAUUGCUUCAUCACCCCACCCACCAAUCUGGCCAGUCUCUGUGAGAAUGCCUGGUAGAGGGUCACUGCCACAGACACUGAAAGAUUGACACUCUCAACAAAACCAAUCAUUGGUAUAGAGAAUUUCACGUCUGAGGCUUCCAGUAAGGCUUCCGAGACUCCAAUGUGCUCGUUGCCAAAUGCAAUCACCAGCCUCUUUGAGAAAUCAACAUCUUGCAGUGUCUUGUUGGAAUUGGGAGUUGUGCUGGCAAUCGUGAAUCCCUCCCUUUGUAGUUGACGUAUGCACGUUUCUACUUCGCUCCAGUCUCUCCUGACUAUCCAGUUCCUUGCUCCGGCAUCUGUUCGCAUCUCACUCGCUCCACUACUACUGGUCGCUUUCCCCUCUUUCCCGUAGUUGAUGCAGUGGAGAGUGUGGGUUCCGAAUGCGUCCAUGCUCCUCAGGACGGCAUUGCGGUUCCCCUCGUCCCAGGCGUUCUCCAGCAGAACAGCAAGGGAGCCAGUCCUGCUGUUUACCACGUCUGCUAUUCUCUGUCUCCUAGCCUCUGAAAGAAGUGGAGCCAGUGCUCUCACGCUCCUUUCCAACGCUGUUCUGCUCAUCGCUUGCUGCUCUGUCUCUAUGAAGUGUGUGCACAUG